GCAGUUCAGCGGCAUAAGUCGAUAGCUCGCGUUCGAUACGCAGUUUUCUUCUUAGCCAUUCAACCCUUCUUUCAAAAGCCUUUUUAAAUAAAGUUUAAAUUUCCAUAGUGAAAAAGUUCAUUAAUUAAAUAAGAAUACAUACGUAGCAGCUGUUCUACUUUAAAGGGACCAUUCAAGAAGGCCAAUAGUGCAAGAAUAUGCACAGGAAAUGUCCUGCAAGGAUACAGAGGGCCAGAUUAUAUGUGCAACAACGGGAGCGGUGAUAGUAGUGCAAUAGGAUCAUCUCACGGUGUACAGGAGAUAAGCUACUGGUGGGGUGCAAGGAAAGAUAUAAACUACAUACCUUUAAUUGGAUCAGCUAUAUACAUAGGUGUGAGACUUGCCCAAAGUGAUCUUCGUGAGACAAAUUGGAAUUCGUUGUACUUUGAUAGCAGAACUGGUGAAUGCUUGAGUCACUCAAAGGAUGAAGCUGCUGAUAAGUUGAAUGACAAAGGACAAGAAUUAUUUGAUGAGGGAAAAUACAGUGAAGCUGCUGUGUAUUUUGACAACGCCUACCAAUUUUGUUCUAGCGGAUAUUCAAAUGAGAAAACGUUCAAACAAAACCGCGAAAAUGCUAACAAUGAACUGGAGGCAAUUAAAUUAAAGGAACAAGGUGAUGUUUUCUUCAAUCAAGGCAGAUACGUUGAUGCUAAAAGUAAAUAUCAAAAAGCCUUCGUCAAAUCUAGUGCUGCGUAUCUCAUAUAUGAUGAAAGUAUUGAUAAAGCACAAGCAGAAUUAGAUGCAGAGUUCCUAAAUAAUCAAGGAAAUCAAUUAUUUAAUCAAGGAAGAUACAGAGAAGCAGUUGCUAAAUAUCAAGAAGCCUACAACAAGUCCAACAUUCACUACAAUAUAUAUAGAAAUAAUCGGAAUAAUGCUCAAGCGGAAGUGGAUGCAGAUGAUCUAAAAGUACAGGGUGAUGUGCUGUUCAAUGAAGGUAGAUACAGUGAAGCUAAAGACAAAUAUCAAGAAGCUCGCAGAAAGUCUGACAGAGCGAGAAAGAGGUACAAAGAGAAUGUAGAACAAGCUCAAGUUGAAGUUGAUGCAGAACGCCUAAGCAAUCAGGGAGACAACCUCUUUAAUCAAGGCAGAUACGCUGAAGCAAGAGCUAAGUAUCAAGAAGCUUACGAUAAGUCUGAUGCUGCGUAUGAGCAGUACCAAGAAAACAUUAACAAAGCACAAGCAGAAUUUGAUGCACAGUUCCUAAAUAAUCAAGGAAAUCAACUAUUUAAUCAAGGAAGAUACAGAGAAGCAGUUGCUAAAUAUCAAGAAGCCUACGAUAAAUCCAACAUUCACUACGGAGUGUAUCAAAGUAAUAGAAACAAUGCUCAAGCGGAAAUAGAUGCGAAAAAUUUUAAGGAACAAGGCGACGUUCUCUUAAAUCAGGGUAGAUACAGUGAAGCCAAAGGAAAGUACCAGGAAGCUCACAACAAGUCCAAUAUUGCCCGUGAAAACUACAAGGAGUUUGUACAACAAGCUCAAGCUGAAGUUGAUGCAGAACGCCUAAGCAAUCAAGGAGACGACUUCUUUAAUCAAGGAAGAUACAGAGAAGCCGUUGCUAAAUAUCAAGAAGCCUGCAACAAAACAAGAGUUUAUAAGAACAAGUACCAAACUAAGUUGAAUAAGGCACAAAAUGAAGUCGAAGCACAGACCUUAAGCAAUCAGGGAGAUAUUUUUGUGAAUCAGAAGAGAUACAGAGAAGCAAUUCAACAAUACCAAGCAGCUCACAACAAAUCCUCACUUAAUAAGGAUUCCUAUCAAGAAAAAAUAAAAGCAGCUCGACUGCAGUUGGAUAUAGCGGAUGCUGAAAAUUUGAAUAAUCAAGGAAAUCAAUUAUUUAAUCAAGGAAGAUACAGAGAAGCAGUUGUUAAGUUUCAAGAAGCCUACAACAAGUCCAACAUUCACCACGAAGUGUAUAAAAGUAAUAGAAAUAAGGCUCAAGCGGAAGUAGAUGCGAAAAACUUUAAAGAACAAGGCGACGUUCUCUUAAAUCAGGGUAGAUACAGUGAAGCCAAAGGAAAAUACCAGGAAGCUCACAACAAGUCCAAUAUUGCCCGUGAAAGCUACAAAGAAUUUGUAGAACAAGCUCAAGUUGAAGUUGAUGCAGAACGCCUAAGCAAUCAAGGAGACGACUUCUUUAAUCAAGGAAGAUACAGAGAAGCCGUUGCUAAAUAUCAAGAAGCCUGCAACAAAACAAGAGUUAAUAAGAACAAGUAUCAAGCUAAGUUAAAUAAAGCACAAAUUGAAGUCGAAGCAGAGACGUUAAGCAAUCAGGGAGAUAUUUUUGUGAAUCAGAAGAGAUACAGAGAAGCAAUUCAACAAUACCAAGCAGCUCACAACAAAUCCUCACUUAAUAAGGAUUCCUAUAAAGAAAAAAUAAAAGCAGCUCAACUGCAGUUGGAUAGAGCAGAUGCUGAAAAUUUGAAUAAUCAAGGAAACGUUUUGUUUAAUCAAGGAAAAUUUGAGCAAGCUCUCACAACAUAUCAGCAAGCUUAUAGCAAAGUCAACGCAACGAUUUACAAAGAAAACGUUACAAAAGCUGAAAUAGAAGUUUCUGCAGAAGGUUUCAACUAUCACGGAGAUAAUUUCUUCGACGAGGCGUCGUACCAAUCAGCUUAUAACUAUUACAAAUUAGCUGAAGAAAAAUCUCAACUGACUUCGCAAAGAAAAAUCUACGGCAAAAAGAAAGAAAAAGUCGUUAACAAAGUUCUUACCAUUAUUGAGACUUCAUGGAAUAACGCAUGGAAUGCUGAGAACGACACUACAAAGGAUCGAUCUGAUGAGGCACGUCGUACAUUUCAACAAGUUCUGGAUAAGUCUAAGGAGUUCUUGAAGUUCCUCCCUAAGAACCACAAACUGAAGCACUACGAAACGGUUGCACUGCUCAAAAUCGAAGGAAAUCAACUCUGCAAUCAAGGUCUGGCAUUGCAGCAAAGUGGUCUUCAACUACUGGAGGAAGCACAGAAGCUGGGUCAGCAGGGACAGUACCAACAAGCAGGUAAUAAAUUGAAUGAAGCACAAAGUAAAUUUGAAGAAGCUCAGAAUAAAUUCCAAAAAGGCGCUGAGAGUGAUGAAAGAUUUGUUGCAUGCGUUGAAUUUGUUGAAGAGCAAAUUGAAGAUAUAAAAGAAGCACUAGAAAUUAUAAAUAAUAAUACUCUGAGUCAAGGAGUACGCGGGUUAAAUAUACAAACAUCUGAGAGUGGCCAAGAAGAAUCUGAAUUUAAUGAGAACGAACAACGAAGCAUAAAUAGUAAUUUAAAUCAGAUUUUGUCGAGUUUUUUUUCGCGCUAAUUUUGAGAAAAAAAAAGAGAAAUAUUUUGUAAUUGUUAAGACAUUUAGUUAAGCAAUAAAAAUGAAGAGGAAUUUAGCGAAUAAGAAUAAAAAAUGCCAGGAGGGCAUUAUUGCGCGUGAUAGGCAAAUGAAGGAGGAAGAAAAUGUUAAGAAUGUGGGUGUUAUUGGUCUAGCCGAGAGGCUUCUAAAAGGUGGGGAGUUGACACUUGAGCAUCUCAUUGAAUUGGGAUGUAGAAUUGCAAAGAAGCAAGGAUAUGAAGAUGAUCAAAUAAUAGUUUGUGAUGUAAGUGCUCUGAGUGAACAACUAAAAUCGCGCAAAGAUCCCGAAAGCACUGUUUUUGGUAUUUGUCAGAUAGACAAAAUUAAAUUUGUAUUUUGCAUUUUGAGAUUCUCAGGUAAAACCAUAUGUUUGUUCAGGAAUUUUCUGGCUGUUGAAAUUCCCGAAGAAAUUAAAAAUAUUCUAGAGUUAAGCGUUAAAGAGAAAUUAGAGUUUAAGCUGUAUGGGAAAGUGGAAGAAAUUAAAAAUCAAAACGAUAUGGAUAUUCUAUCGCUUAAAGUCGUGGAAACAAUGAUGAAUCACAUGAAAAUGGAAGAUCAGAAGAAGAAGAAUGAGUUCAUUGAGGGUUUUGAUAAUCCCAAACGGACUCUAUUUGAAUGGUUCAAAGAGAAAAUAAGUAAAUUGAGAGAUCAGCUCUUCUCACUAAUCCAAGAAGAUUAUGAGAAGAUUGUCGGUAGUGAUUUAGAUCAGCUGGCAAGAGAUUCAGAGUUUAAAGAAGCAAUUAAGGUAUUCAUAAGUAAUAUUCCGUUGCUAGAAGAAGUUGAUAAUUUUAAAAAUUAUCAAAAUCUUCUGAGUCAAUUUGCAAAUAUGGAAGAAAAUGAAGAUAGUAUCGAUCCUGUGAAGUUCAAAGAACUUCAGGAAAAACUUGAAAAAGCACAAAAUGAAAUACUAACCAAAGCCAAAGGUGUGAAAGUUGAAAUCUCUGCAAAUGCCAAAGGUGAACAAGAACUUGAUAUUGUUAAAAAGUUCCCAGAACAAAUGGAGAAGUUUACAAGAAUUUUUGAACCACUUUUGCGUUCAGAAAUUGAUGAAAAACUCAAUGAGAAAAUUAGGGAAAUCAGUGAGAAGUUAGAACUUGACUACGAAAUGCUAAAGGGAUUCUUUAAAGCAAAGCAGGAAGAACAGCAAAAGGACAAUGAGUCGGGAGCCAAUGAAAAUUUCGAAGAUAUCAGUUGGAGUAAUUUACCAGAAUUCAAAACUAAUCCUUGCAGGGAUUCAAACGAAAAAUCACUGAAGCAACUACUGUCGGAGAUUCAAUAUGAUGAUACCAAAUCACUCGAGGAUGAUUACAAAAAGGUCAAAAAUUUCUCAACUUCCUGGAGGAAUAAGAAGGAUGUUGAUGUAAAAAAUUGGGCAAUUACGCAAAAGGGUCGUCUUUCGAGCAAGGACAUCAAUGAAGCUUUGGCAGUUAUGGAUAGAGCUAAUUGUCUAGCAACUGGAGGACAUGAGCUACGUGAUACACAGAUCCUGGCUCUCAUUGUCUUCCUUCGGACAAUGGAUAGAGGUCAACUGUCGCAAAUUCAAACUGGAGAAGGAAAAACGACAAUUGUAGCAAUUCUCGCGGCCAUUAAAGCUCUACAAGGUAGCAAAGUUGAUGUAAUCACCAGUAAUCCCGUCUUAGCAGCUGAUGGUGUUAAAGACAAGCAACGCUUCUUCAACUUACUCUCCCUAAGCGUAACGACAAAUAAUUUUGAUCCAACGUACACAACUGGUGAAAGAAGUUGCUACAAGAAGGACAUCGUCUACGGGAGUAUUGCCAACUUCCAAUUUGACUACCUCAAAGAGUCCUUUUUGGGCUUUAAAACACGAGCUGGAAGACCAUUUGACACCAUUAUUCUCGAUGAAGUUGACAGCAUGAUAAUUGAUAAUGCAAAUCACAUUGCUAAACUAUCUGGACCAUUUCCAGGAAUGGAUGCUCUCAAGUAUGUUUAUAUAAAAAUUUGGCAGGAACUCUAUAAAGCUGAAAGGGCAAUUGUUGAGGAAUAUCGGAAGGAGAUGAAAUUGAAAAUUGAGCAGCUACAGAAACUGCCAAAUCCUGAUGAAGCACAGGAGGAAUAUCGGAAAUUCCUAAAUGAAAUGGAAACAUCAAUGAUUCCAAAAAUCAAACAAUCAAUUAAAUCUUCCAAUCCAACGGCUAUUACCCUUAUUCCAUCGCAUAUUCGUGAGUAUGCUGAUGCGUCCGUUGAUAGAUGGAUUGUAAAUGCAAUUGAAGCUAAGUUCACAUACAUGGAGGAUCAGCAGUACGUUAUAAGGAACCACAAUGGAGAAUUAGUUGUGCAGCCUGUUGAUUAUGCAAAUACCGGGAUAACAAUGAAGAAUACCAUUUGGCAGCAUGGUCUUCAUCAAUUCUUACAGCUGAAGCACAAUUUGCAAUUAACAUCUGAAAGUCUAACAAGUUGCUUCAUUUCAAAUCUUGGCUACAUAAAAAAGUAUGGAAGUCGCAUCUACGGUUUAACAGGUACAUUGGGAUCUGAAUCCGAACAGGAGCUACUCUCUUCCAUCUACAACGUCGGGUUUGCCGCAAUUCCAACAUAUAGAGAGAAGAAAUUUGAAGAAAUUGAAGGUGAAGUCGUUGAUGAUGAUAUAUUCAGUCAGGUAAUUGCAGAUGAUGCCAUCGUUGAGGUGCAAAAAGGACGAUCUUGUUUGAUUAUUUGUGAAACAAUUAAGGAUGCCAAGGAGAUCCAGGAAGAAUUGAUUGCAACGGGACAGGCAAUGAGGAUUAGGACAUUUUUCGAUGAGGAAAAUGCCAAUGCAACGGAAGAAGAACUAAGCCCAGGUGAGGUAGUCAUUGCAACCAAUAUCGCAGGAAGGGGAACGGAUUUUAAAACAACCGAUGAUCUCGAAAAGAAUGGAGGUCUCCAUGUCAUUGUACCUUUUCUGCCGUGCAACAAAAGGGUGGAGGAUCAAGCCUUUGGAAGAACAGCGAGGCAAGGUAAUGAAGGAACGGCAAAGCUAAUAGUUAAACACGGUGAAAUUGAACAUCUAGCCGUUGACAUCACUGAUCUAGAUUACAUGAAGGAGAUUAAGGAAAAAAGGGAUUUGAAUGAGAAGAAAAGAAUUCAACGAAUUAAAAAUGAUGAAGUACUCAAGCUCAACUUUCAGGACAAUCUCUUUGAAUGUUUUGCCGAUUUGUAUCGGAAUUUGAAGAAUGAAAAUCAAUUCAAGGAAGGCUAUCAAUCUGUGUUGGAUGACUUGAAAGAAUCCUGGGCAUUUUGGUUGGAAAAGAAGAAUUUCACCAAUAAUGCUGAUCUUACUGCGAAGGAUCCAAAAGAGGAAUUUGAAGAUUUCAAAUCUCAUGCUAGUGCAACGAUUAACGGACAAAUUAAAUUCAACCCUUACUAUGCCAUUCAACAAGCCGAUACUUUUCUUUCACACGAAAAGUACAGUGAUGCUGAAAGAGCACUAAAUCAUGCAAUUGGUUUAAGUGAUAACCCUGAAAUACUUCAUGGGGCAUAUAUGAAGUUGUUUGAAGUUGAAAUUGAGAAGGGUCAUGUAUUUAUGGAUAAAUGUAGACAAGCAAUUGGAGAUCUCUGUUUCAUCACUUUCGUUAAACCAGAUGGAAAAUACAAGGAGAAUGCUAAAUAUAAUUUGACAAAAGCUCAAGAAGCUCUGAAAAAAGAAUUGGAAUACAUUGAGAAACUUCAGAAAGAUGAAGAAUUCGGGUAUAUUGUCGUGGAUGUGGACGAAAGAAAAGGUGACGCUUCCUACUGGUACAGUGAUGAGGAUAUGAAUAAAAUUGGUACGGCCAUGUUGAAAUCACUGAAUAUUGAUCCUGAUAAACAAUUCAAGAAUAGACUCACUAAAGAUCUUAUAGAAAUAUUCUGCAAGGAAUGUAAGUUACAGGAUAAAUUCCCAAUAUUCAUUUGCUACAACAUUGGCGGAACAUCAAAUGACGGUGGAGGAGCUCAUUGGGUAGCAAUGUGCGUUGUGAAGGUGCAGGAUCAAAUACGAAUUUUCUAUAAAGAUUCCAAAGGAGAUUUUGGCGGGAAUAUUCCAGUAAUCAAAGAAGAAUUCCGUAAGCACUGGAAGGGCGCUGAUUUCUUCGAUCACCCUGGAAUUGAGCAACUUGACAACACUUCAUGUGGUCCAAUGACUCUCGAAAAUCUCAGAAUAAUGGCUAAAUCCAUCAAGGAUGAUGGUUUGGAGAAAUUCAUGAAGAAUUACCAAAAUUUAACAUUCUCCCAACAGAAAGAUGCUUCAAAAUUGAGAAAAGAAUUUUUGAACAAUAUGGCGGAUGUAACGGAAAAUUUAUUCCUCAAACAUCUUACCUCCAGACGGGCAGGACUUAAUCUCUAUGUGGAACACAUUAAAAAUCUCAUUGAGAGAAUUAACAAUUGCAAGCAAGGAGAUGGAUUAUCAAUUUCCCUUCGUUCUCCAGAUUACUUUGUAAAUCUCAAACCAAAAAAUGAAAAUGAGAAGAAUAUAAAGAAAGUCGUCAUGGAUGCGGAAUUAAGUGAAUUAGCUGAUGUUGGUACAAAUACAAUUUACGACCUCAAGGAAAUGUACAAAGUCUGCGAUGAAGUUAUUGCAGGAGCACGAGUACAAAUAAUCGGGGGUCUUGGACUCAUUGCCACCGGUGUUGCCUUCCCACCUGCCCUCCCUGUUGUUGGACCAAUUGGUGGUACCAUGAUAACCGAGGGGGUGUGUGACAUUGCAAUGGAUCUCAUCAUUCAGAGUUCAGAUGGGAAAUUCCACAAAGGAGCCUAUAUAAAGGGGAAAGUCAUCAGCUAUGGUAUAUCACUGCUCACAAUGGGAAUUAGUGCAGCUAUGCAGUGUCCUAAAAUUCUAAAUAAAGCCAAAAGAGCAUGCAGAUGGAUGGCAAAGACCCUAAGAAAAUGCCCCUACAUGAAGAAUAUUUGUGAACGCAUUGCCACGAAGUUUGAUACAAUUGGAAAGUUAUUUGAAAAAAUGGAAAUUGUUGCAAAAUUCAACAAAAUGUCCAAUGUUGAAAAGCUUAAGUACUUCAAUGAACUGAAAGAAGCAAAUAAUUUGCAACAUUUGAAAUAUCUCGGGGAGAAUUUGAAGCAAAUCAACCAGCUAAAGCAGUUGGAAAUGGCGGGAAGAUUGACUGAACUUACGCGAUAUCAAAAAACUAUGGCAGCUUUGAAGCACAUUGCAAUGACAACGGCAAAAGGUAUUGCCGUGAGAACUGCACAAACGGUGAUCAUUACAAAGAUCGUAACACCACAGCUAAGUUCAAUGAUGGAGGGCUUCAAGCCAGCCAUAAGGAGGCAUGUGAAAAAAGCCGUUGAGGAGAAUAUCAACAGAGAAAAACUACAGCGCACCAAUCAAGAGGAACUUCAGAAGGUAAUGCAAGAGAUACGCGACGCCAUUGACUACGAAACCAUUUUGGGGAUCUUCAGGGACGCCAUUUUGGGUAUGUCACAGCACUGCAGCAAUUGGCAAGUACAGCUUUGUGCCCUAGCAAUUGAUCAGUAUGUUUCAUGGAAAAGAGUCUAUGACUUUGCUAAGGAUUUGUGUAAGAAAAUUAAUCAAAAAUUGAAAUCUUCCGGUGACGCCAAGUCAAAUGUUGAUGAAUUGAUUGGUAAUUUAACUGAUCAACUAACUGAAGAAAUGUACAAUCAUGUUGUGAGUAAUACAAUUAAGACGUGCCGAGAUGUUUCAUCGGUGGGCUUGAAGGCGUUCAGAAAUUACAAAAAUGAACGGAAGAAAAUUCAAACUUGCCUGGAUAUUAUCAAAGAAUUCAAAAAUGGCGGCGUAGCAGGGCAGGAGCAGGCUACAGCCCUGAGUGAUGUCCUAAAGCGCCCCAUACACAUUUACGAGGAAAAUGGGAAUGUUAUAAAAAUAGGAGAACAAUAUCCAGGUGAUCCAAUUGAGGUAUCUUACCAUCCUCCAGAUGAGAACAAUCCCCAUGGCCACUAUGUCCCCUAUGGUGAAGAUCGGAAUUGGUCAGCAAGCGAUGGUAGUGGAAAUAAUUGUUUCUUCGAAGCUGUUGGCCACAAAAUUGAAACUGAUGCCAACAAACUCAGAGCCUUUACAGUAAACCGGAUGGAAAGGCAUCCAAGACGCUAUAUAGCUAUGUAUGUCCGCCAGGAACUUGGAUCUGAUGGUUCACACAUCUUCUUGGCAGGAGGAAGAAAUCAUAUUCGUAUGACGGAAGACUACUACCCCUCUCAUGAGAAUAGGAUAAAAGCAUCCAAUGAAUUAAAUCCCGAAAUUGCAGAGCUGCGCAAUAAACUCAACGAACUAAAGAAAAAGGCGGAUCAAUUCAAAGAAUCGGGACGCUCAAAGCAGCAAAUCAAAAAGAAUUUCAACAAAGGACACCCAAAGUUUGGUAAUGUGGAGGAUAAAGAAGAAAUGAUGAUGGGAGCUUUUUAUGUUAAAUUCACCGAUGGCACCGAAUUGAAGCUCAUCACUGUGUCCGGGAAAACCCCUUUUUCCGACAGGCAGAACAUGGAAAAUCCUCAGGACCUAGAUCAGACGGGACAACCACGGACAUUUCAAUGGACAACCAAGAGGGGAUUCAAAUUUGAGGAUCCUGGUGAGCCAAAGGGUAAAGUGUACGAUGUUUACAAUAGGUGUGAGACAAAUCAAGAGUUCACCACUUCAUGUUGUGCACAGAAAUUUGUCUACAUCCUCGGCGAGCACAUGAAGAAUAAUCCCCAUCUUGAGAUUCAAGAUAUUCUUCGAAUGAAUGAAUCAUGGUAUAAACCAGGAGGGGGGAAAUUUAUGCCAGAACAAGUUAUUAUGGAUAAAUCGUGUGAUCCUUGUGCAAAUCUUUUGCCAUUUUCCACAGGUAAAAAGGAUUAAAAAAUAUUCCUUGCAUUAACCCUUGGAGGAUCCAAAAGUUCUAACUUCAAACUUUAACCUUAAUUUUAUCUAAUAUACUUUACUCUGGGACUGUUUAAAAAUUCAAAAAAUAUAGUUCUUCAAGUUUUAAAAAACUAGCAUCUUCCAAAAAAAAAAUAAUAAAAAGAAUCUUGCCAUAUUAUAAAUAUUAAAAAAUAUAUAUUUUACAACUAUUUUCAUAAAAAUUAUUCUAUUAUAUUUUUGUUACUAAUUUUACUAACAUAAAAUCUAAAUUGCUAAUUUAACUAAAAAAAACUAAAAAAAAUUGUUAUUGUCAUGUGAAAAAAAGAUAUUUUCUCGAUAUUCAUAUAAAAAAAUUUUAAUCUACAUUUUGUUGUUUAUAUUCUAACAAUUUGCUUAACACAUUUAUCUCAAGAUCUAUUUAAUCAAUCAGAGUGGCGUAGCUAGGGAGGAUACUUUUGUGUCUAGAAGAAAAUAUUUUCAGGCUCAAAUUACUCAUAAGAAAAGAAAGAUUUACCAAUUUUUUCUAUAAAAAAAAACAACGUGAAAAGUUACAAAAGAAACAUCAAACGUUAGAAUUUCACAAACUGGUAAAAACUUAAUUUAAAUACAAUGGCCGUCUCAAUUUUCUUACUGUUCGACCACUAUGUCGAUUUUAAGGAUUUUUUUGGCAUCCUUAAAAUAAGAAAAAAUUGCAACUCCUAGAAUCCCUAGAAUAUAUUUGUAGCUACGCCCGUACAGUCAAAGAAGGAAAACUAUAUAGCUCUAUCUUAUUUAUGGUUACUUGAAAAAUGAAAAAUAUUGUUAAGGAAUUUUAUGUAGUCAAACUACCUCAAAAAAAUUAAAUAAAAAAACUGAUCUACUUUAUUUGUUAAGAAAAAAAUAUAUUUGAGAAAUUUUAUAUAUUAAAAAUAAUGGAAAACUGCCCAGCUUUACUGCAAGAUGAAAAAUAUAUACAUAUUGUUAAGAAUUUUUAUUUUUGAAUAAAUAGUUUAUCAAUUAAAA